UUGUAUGUCAUCCAUUGUGUUUUUGUCUUAAAGCAGAUUUACAAGAACAUUGGGACUCUUUUAUCACUUCUGCCUACCAGCCUUCUCCCUUAUCCAAAAGCCACAGGAGCUGCCAUGAACAUCUACAGCAUGGGGAAGAAAUGAGUAAGCCAACAUUUUUGCCAGUGGCUACAACUGAUGAGUGUGUGCAGCGCAGCGCCACUCCAGCGUUGGCCGUGGCAGAGAUGGACACUACUAAAAGUCCCCAGUGUAACCAAAGCAGCAUGGCUCCACAUCAAUGUCCAAUAUGUGGUAAGAGAUUCACGAUGAAAAGGUAUCUUACCAGGCACCAGAAAAUUCACACUGGAGAGAAACCUUUUUGUUGUUCUGAGUGUGGGAAGAGGUUCUUAAAGAAAUAUCACCUUCAGCAACAUGAGAUGACCCAUGCUGGAGACAAGCCAUUUUCAUGCGCCCAGUGUGGAAAGAAUUUUAGCCGGAAGGACUAUCUUCAACAGCACCAGCGAAUCCAUACAGGUGUAAAACCUUAUGGAUGCAGUCAGUGCGGCCAGAGGUUCCUACGGAAAUAUUACCUACGGCAACAUCACUUAAUCCACACAGGAGAAAAGCCAUAUUGUUGUUCUCAUUGUGGAAAAAAAUUCAAACACAAGAUCAGCCUUGUCCACCAUCAGCGGAUACACACAGGAGAAAAGCUGCACUGUUGCAAUGAAUGUGGCAAACAGUUCACAUUAAAAAGUAUUCUUCAAAACCACCAAAGAAUUCAUACCAGGGAAAAACCAUACUGCUGCACUGAAUGUGGAAAGCGAUUCAAACAGAAAGGUCAUCUUCAGCAACACCAGUGUAAGACAAUGCUACUUAUGUGAUGCUGCUCUUCUAAGAUUAAUCCGAUUGAACUGAAAAGUAUAUUUUAUUAGGGGAAAUAAUGUAGAUUUUUAUAUCAGUACAGGAAAAACAAAUAUAAAUUAUCUUAAAAAAAACAACUUUGUCAUGGCAUUGCUUUAUUGGAAGAACAAGAGAAAAUCCACUUGGACAAAACAAGCAGACACUUUCAAAACAGUAGACUCUACUUUUCCUUGUAAUGCCUAAUAAAGAAUUUAUUUGGA